AUGAAUAACUAUGAUUUAACUGACGCAAAGAAGACCCUUAACGAAGGAUUUGCUAAAAGAGCAAAUAUGUUUAAACUGAGUACUACAGUGGAUAUGAUAGGGCGUCUGCAUGUUGACAUAUUUCAUCAAGAUCGACUCAUGCUUAAUAUGGUGGAUAUGAAAAUCAAGCUUAUACGAAGCAAACCAGAGUUUUGCUUAUUGGGAGAUGGUAACUUUAAAGUAGUCCUCGAGCAAGCAUCGAUGUUUGUACGGAAAGUUCGAGUCAGCCCUGGCGUAGUGUUGGGGCAUGCUAAAAGCUUGGAGAAGACGACAGCCAAGUAUCCUAUUAACAGAGUUCUGUGUAAAGUAUAUUCCAUUGCUGGAGGAAACAUGAGUUUUGUGCAAGACAACAUCUUUACUGGACAAAUGCCAAAGCGCUUGGUCGUAGCCAGUGUUGACAACGAUGCUUUUAAUGGAAGCUAUAAAAAGUCACCAUUUGAAUUCAAACACUAUGAUAUUAACUUCAUCGGAGUUUACAUCGACGGACAACCGAUGCCUCAUAAUCCAUUGCAGCCUGAUUUUACCAAUAAAAACUAUAUUCCUGCAUUUAACAAUUUAUUUUGCACUUCAGAAGAUCGAGGACUUUAUUUGUCAAGAGAAGAAUUUCCCGACGGAUACUGCUUAUUUCAUUUUGAUUUGUCCCCUGACCUGUGUGAUGUAGCUCAUUUAAAUCUCGUUCGACACAGUAAUUUAAGACUGGAACUUAAAUUUAAAGUGCCUCUACCUCAAACCAUUUCCUUAAUGGUGUAUGCCGAAUUUGAAAAUUUGAUUGAAAUCAACAAAGCUAGAAACAUCUUGUACGAUUUCGAUGUUAAUACUGAUAAGCAUACUGAACCAGGAACUCACUGGAUUGCCCUCUUUAUAGAAAACCCUCAAACAGUUGAAUUUUUUGACUCCUAUGGUUUAUCUCCUCAAGCCUAUGGCAAUCAUAUUACAAGAUUUGUGAAGGAAUAUGGACAUGUAAAAUGGAAUCAAGUACCUCUUCAAAAAAACCAGUGA